CUCCUCGAUAUAGUGAAACUGGCUCUCUCUCGCCCGUGGACGUAGCUAAUACACAUCGUGUUAGUGAACCACGUAUAUCGUGUGUCUGUGUUUUUUUCGAUUCUCGCUUUCGUAUUCUUGCUUUAUCGAUUUCGGCGAUUUCCCGAUCCGUAGCAGCGCGUUUAUAACAAGUGGUAUCAGAGCCGCGGCUGGAAAUCAGGCUAGGGUUUUCGAUUCAGAAGAAUGACGUCGGUGAACAUGAAGAUCGAAAAGUUCACGGGGAAGAACAGCUUCGCUAUAUGGCAGAUCAAGAUGCAGGCUUUAUUAAAACAUCAAGGGCUGUGGGGGCCGCUGUCUGCGAAACAGAAGAAGGCAGUGGUCGAUGACAAUGAGUGGAAUACCCUGGAGGAGAAGGCCCACUCGACCAUCAUGCUAUCGUUGUCUGAUGACGUCAUCAUUGAAGUCGCUGCUGAGAAGACUGUCGUGGGCUUGUGGUUAAAGUUGGAGAGUCUGUAUAUGACGAAGUCCUUAACCAACAAGCUGCAUCUCAAGCAACGAUUGUCCAGCUUGAGGAUGCAAGAAGGUACGCCUUUGAGGGAACAUCUCGAACAGCUUAACUCUAUUUUGCUGGAUCUGCGUAAUAUAGAUGUUCAAGUUGAUGACGAGGAUGCUGCCCUAAUCCUGCUGGUUUCUUUGCCGAGUUCAUAUGAGAAUUUCGUUGAUUCUUUUAUUGCUGGUAAAGAAAGCGUGUCGUUGGAGGAUGUCAGGUCUGCUCUUCAUACGAGAGAGAUCAGGCAUAAGGCAUCUGGAUCUGGUACAGGUGGUGAGGCAUCGGGUUUGGCUGUUACAGGUGGAAAGGGAAAGAAGAAAUCAUGUAAAGGGAAUUCGAACAAGAAUUCCAAGGGUCCCGGUCCACAACCAGGUGAUGCUUGCCACAACUGUAAGGAAGUGGGGCAUUGGAAGUACAACUGUCCCAAGAGAAGAGGGCAACAGAAGAAACAAGGUUCAGUUGCCGUGGCAGAAGUGGACAACAGUUCUGAAGACGAUCUCGCCUUGGCUGUAUAUGAGAAGGAACAUCGUGGGGAUGUGUGGUUUCUGGAUAUUGCAGCCUCAUAUCAUAUGUCUCCGAACAGGGAUUGCUUCACAACCUACGAGCAGAUAGAUGGUGGUAACGUGGUCAUGGUGAUAACGAUGUAAUUGCACAUGUUUGCACCCCUAGUUCUUAUCCGUUUGUGGGGCAUAGUCGUGUAUUUUUGGCCUAUUUUACGCCGGGUUGUGCUACUUUGUCACAUUUAAGGUCCCAGACAUCGAAGGAAAGGCUAAGCACGAGUUUCGGGGCAUUCAGAAGUCAUUCGGUUGAGCUGGAGCCAAAGCACGGGCGCGCCUAAAUCAAAGCACGGCGGUGUUCCUUGACCGUGUUUUUACUGCCGAGGCUUCAUCCACGUUUGUCCUGCACUGGCCCAAAACACGGGCGGGGCUGACCCAAAACACGACCGUGUCCAACAUUUGGCACGCCCGUGUUUUCCCCAAAGUCUAGCCGUGUUUUUAACACGUGGCAAGGGCACGGGCGGGCUGGAGCAAAGCACGGUCGUGCCCUCGACCGUGUUUUGCCCAGUGAUGCCCUUGUAGGCAGAUUUCAGCCAAAAGAGAAGGGGAUUCGAGUUUUAGAGAUACAGAGCGAUUCCUAGAGAGAGAAAGCGACGAACAAGAGUUCCCGAGUGCCCUAGCUUGAUCUUCAUCACCAUUGGAGCCCGGCUUGAGCUUGGAGGAGUGCCGAUCGACGACCAGGAGCAGAAAUCCAUCCUUCACAGUAUGGUUUCCGCAUCUGAAUCUGCUUUUGCUUCUUUCUCCAUGGAGUAGUUCUCCCAUUCAUCUGGGUAUGGAGAACCCUAGAUUUGUUUGUUAGGUCUGAUUGUAUGAACCCAAGUACAUAUUCUAUGAUUUGUUUAUAUUCAAUUGAGGUUUGAAUGAUUGAAUGACAUGAAUCCUGAUCAAACUCCUGUUGUUUCUGCUUUAACCUAGAAAGAGAAUAUCUGCCUAGGUUGAUAGAGCACCCUUAAUUGAAGGUAGUGAAUUGGCGACUUUAGUCGAGGAGCCAAUUCACUAUUCUGUACCGAAGUUACUUCGGUAGUGGAGGUUUUGUUUGUUAGGGCCUCAAUCUGUUUACUCCGGUAAAGGUUAGUCGCCGGCUGGAGACUCAGAUUGAGAGGGUCUGGAGACCUUUAGUCGAGACUUCAGACUGUUUAAGAUCCUUCCGCAGUAUAACUAUCAUAGAAACUGAACUUGGUAACUGCAAUCCGGCUUAACUGCAGUCUAGGGGGAACCAUAUCCGGGUGACCUCUCUCGACUUGAAACAACCGUUUAACUUGCUUUGUGUUUUUGUUUGUUUGAACCUGCACUUAAGUUUUACCGCCAGAUAAUAAGAAUUCACUGAGUAGUCAUCACAUCUAGGACCCGGGUUGACAUUAAAAACCAAACCCGCUAUACUACGCUUUAGGAAGUGGUUUCACUUGGCCAUUCUCUAGAGUGACAGUAGGAGUGAAUCACAUGGCUAAUGGAGCUGUCUGCAAGGUUGUUGGAAUCGGGUCCAUAAAGGUUCGGAGACAUGAUGGUUUGUUCUGUAUUGUGAAUGAUGUUAGGCAUAUUCCACGAAUGACAAAGAACCUGAUCUCUUUGAGUCUACUCGACAGCAAGGGUUUCAGUUUCAAAAGAAAAGGUGGAGUUGUGUAUGUCUGCAAAGGUUCAAGGAAAGUGCUGAAGGGCGUGAAGCGUGGGACCUUGUAUGCAUUACAAGGGUGACUCGCUAUGACACAACUCCUAACAAUGGCCAAGUGAACCAAUGAAAGGGACUGCAGUAUAGUGGCUCAAGUAAUAAAUAUCGAAUCCACGGGUCUCUAGAGUUACUAUUACUCAGCUUCAGUUCAUUAUCUAGCAAACUAGAUUAAGAUGAAAGAACUAAUAAUACUCUAGCAAACUACAGUUAAAGUUAAUCUAAUUACAGGUUGGGAACUCACUCAGGUAUGAUUCCCCCUAGCCACUAGCCAGAUUAACUAUUGAUGAUCUCUAACUUGUUUCACUUUCAUCCAUAAUGCGAAGAAUCCUUGACUAGACCUUGAGUCUCGACUAAAGGAACAAGGCCCUC